AUGAUGACUAGCGUGGCAAAGCCCCCGUUGACGGAGGGUAUUGCUAACGGUUCGCCUGGUGCGCAAAAUGAGAGGCAAGCCUGUCGUGUCACUUCAUCGAUGGAACCCGAGCUUCUACACCCAGAGCUGCCCGCCAACUUCGGAGAGGUUGUCAAGGGUAUCUAUCGCAGCGCGUUCCCUCAUCCUUGGAACCUCCCAUCUCUCAGACCUUUGGGUUUAAAAACUAUUGUCACUCUGGUGGAUGAGCCAUACACCGCAAGUCACACGAGGUUUCUCGAGGAAAAUGGCAUCGCACAUUUUCGCAUCCCUAUCCAGGCCAACAAGGACCCUGCCGUCAAGACCCCCGAUCACGUUGUGGUUGGCGUUCUCGAAAUCCUUCUAAAUAAGGCGAAUCAUCCCGUCCUUGUCCACUGCAAUAAGGGAAAGCAUCGCACUGGCUGUGUAAUGGCCUGUUUCCGAAGACUUCAGGGAUGGGAACUUCGCGAUGCUCUCAGUGAAUACCGAAAUUACUCCUGGCCCAAAUCUAGAGUGCUAGACGAGAAGUUCAUCCAGGAAUUCGAUGCAUCUAGGCUUGUUCCCUCGGCUCGCAUCUCCGGCGCAGCUUUGUGGCAGCCUACUAAACCUCCGGAGCAGAAAGAACGCAACGGAAAGCCCCCCCGACAUCUUGUUCCUGCGCCUCAUGGAGUCAGGGUGUCUUAA